AUGAACAAACCGUUGUUCAUGCGUAUUGUGGAUCGUCUCUCUACAGAAGUAGCGUAUUUCUCUCCAACAGAAGAUGCAGUCGGGCGGACAGGUCUAUCUCCGCUGCAAAAAUGUACAGCAGCAAUUCGUCAAUUGGCAUAUGGUACUGCAGCUGAUACAAUUGACGAAUAUGUACGACUUGGUGAAACAACUGCUCGAAAAUGUUUGCACCAUUUCACCGCCGGGAUAAUCCAGUUGUUUGGCGAUCAAUAUCUCAGACGGCCCACACCGGAGGAUCUUCAAAGACUACUCUUUCUUGGAGAAGAACGUGGCUUCCCGGGGAUGGUUGGAAGCAUCGACUGUAUGCAUUGGCAGUGGAAGAAUUGCCCUACAGAAUGGAAAGGAAUGUAUUCACGAGGAACCGGAAAGCCAACAAUUGUGUUGGAGGCGGUAGCUUCACAAGAUCUAUGGAUAUGGCAUGCGUUUUUUGGAGCUCCAGGUACUAUGAACGACCUUAAUAUUCUUGAACGAUCACCUGUUUUUGAUGACAUUAUUAACGGAAUUGCUCCGCAAGUCAACUACUUCGUCAACGGUAGGGAGUAUAAUAUGGCUUACUAUCUCACUGAUGGUAUUUAUCCAAAAUGGGCUACUUUUAUUCAAUCUAUCCGACUACCGCAGGGACCGAAAAAUUCAUUAUUUGCUAAAACCCAAGAAUCUGUGCGAAAAGAUGUUGAGCGUGCCUUCGGAGUCCUACAAGCUAGAUUCGCUGUUGUGAAAAACCCUUCUAAGAUAUGGGAUAAACAAAAAAUAGCAAAUAUUAUAAAAGCAUGUAUUAUACUCCAUAAUAUGAUAGUCGAGGAUGAAAGACAUUCAUACACUCUGCGUAACAUUUCAGAAUUUGAUGAAGGAGAAGGACAAGGAAAAUACUUCGUCGGUUUAGGUUCAAAUCUUGGCAAUACAAUUGAUCGUCGAGUAAGAAUUCGAGAUAAACAAGCUCAUCAACGAUUAAAAAAUGAUUUGAUAGAAAAUAUAUGGGCUAAAUUUGGACAUCUUCAGCAAUAA